UGACAGCUCUGAAGCCAUGGCUUCUUCCACUUUUCAUCACCUUUCUCACGUCUUCUUCAGCUUCAUGAUCAUCUCCUUCUUCUUCGUCUUCUUCUUCACCGCCAUCUCCUCCUUCGCCACUGCGGCCACAUCUUCCAGGCCUAGAGCACUGCUCCUUCCAGUCUCCAAAGACCCGCCUACUCUCCAGUACCUCACCCAUAUCUCCCAAGGAACACCUCUUGUUCCAUUAAAACUCACUCUCGAUCUCGCCGGCAGGUUCUUGUGGGCCGACUGUGAGCAUGGCUUUGCCAGCUCCAGUUACAGGGCGUCCAUGUGCGACUCCGCUCUUUGCAAACUCGUCAUCAAUGGCGGCUGCGAUCAAUGCCCUAAACUGCAAAAGGGACGUUGCACCGUCAACGGUUGUGUACUCCUUCUGGACAACACCGUUACAAGCACGGCUUACGGCGGCGAUCUCUCCCAGGAUGUUAUCUCCAUCCAAUCCACCGACGGCCCCAACCCGGGCAUGUUUGUCUCCGUGCCUCACUUCCCUUUCACCUGUGCUCCCACUUCCCUGUUAAAAGGCCUCGCUAAUGGCGUUGCCGGAAUGGCCGGGCUUGGAUGGACCAACAUUUCCCUUCCUCCCCAGCUCUCUGCCGCUUUCGGCUUCCCCCAAAAAUUCGCAAUUUGCCUGAGCUCUUCAGCCCAAGGCGGCGUGGUUUUCUUUGGGGAUGGCCCCUACGUUCUUCAUCCCCAUAUUGACGUAUCCAAGUCUCUCCUCUACACCCCACUCCUCAAAAACCCUGUUAGCACGGCUUCUGCUUUUUUUGGAGAAGAGUCAUCUACAGAUUACUUCAUUGGAUUGAAGUCCAUCAAGAUCAAUGGCCGGAAAGUUCCCCUCAACAAAACUCUUCUUUCCAUCGACCAGAUUAGCGGCUUUGGAGGAACCAAGAUCAGCACUGUCAACCCCUACACAGUGAUGGUGACUCCAGUCUACAAUGCCUUCACUAAGGCCUUCAUCCAACAGCUUGGCGAUGUCCCAAGAGUGAAAGCAGUGCGGCCUUUCAAGCUGUGUUUCAGCUCCGAAAGAAUCGGAGGCACCAGAGGCGGGCCGGCGGUGCCGGCCAUUGAUCUGGUGUUGCAGAACAAGAGUGUGUACUGGAGGAUCUUUGGAGCUAAUUCAAUGGUGAAAGUGAGUGAAAGUACGAUGUGUCUAGGGUUCGUGAAUGGAGGGGUAGACCAAAGAACAUCCAUUGUGAUUGGAGGGCAUCAGAUUGAAGACAAUCUGCUGCAGUUUGAUCUGGCCGCAUCAAAGCUGGGCUUCAGUUCUUCUCUCCUGUUGAAGCAAACCGCCUGUGCCAACUUCAACUUCACAUCUCAUCCAAAUUAAGAAUUUUAAAUCAAUAGUCAUGAUUUUGUUUUAGAGAAUUGUGACCUCUCCCUUUUCUUUCGAAUAAAUUACUAUAAGUCCAUAUAUAUUAUCUCCACGUGGAGAAAUUAAUCACGUGCA